AUGAAGGUCACGUCGCUCGACGGGCGCCAGCUGCGCAAGAUGCUUCGCAAGGAGGCGGCGGCGCGCUGUGUGGUGCUCGACUGCCGGCCCUACCUGGCCUUCGCCGCCUCGAGCGUGCGCGGCUCGCUGAACGUUAACCUCAACUCGGUGGUGUUGCGGCGGGCCCGCGGCGGCGCGGUGUCGGCGCGCUACGUGCUGCCCGACGAGGCGGCGCGCGCGCGGCUGCUGCAGGAGGGUGGCGGCGGCGUGGCUGCCGUGGUCGUGCUGGACCAGGGCAGCCGGCAUUGGCAGAAGCUGCGCGAAGAGAGCGCCGCGCGCGUCGUGCUCACCUCACUGCUCGCCUGCCUGCCCGCCGGCCCGCGGGUCUACUUCCUCAAAGGGGGAUAUGAGACUUUCUACUCAGAAUAUCCUGAGUGUUGCGUGGAUGUAAAACCCAUUUCACAAGAGAAGGUUGAAACUGAGAGAGCCCUCAUCAGCCAGUGUGGGAAGUCAGUGCUCAACAUCAGCUACAGGCCGGCCUAUGACCAGGGCGGCCCAGUUGAAAUCCUUCCGUUCCUUUACCUUGGAAGUGCCUACCAUGCAUCCAAGUGCGAGUUCCUUGCCAACCUGCACAUCACAGCCCUGCUCAACGUCUCCCGGCGGACCUCCGAGGCCUGCACGACUCACCUACACUACAAAUGGAUCCCCGUGGAAGACAGCCAUGCGGCUGACAUCAGCUCCCACUUUCAAGAAGCAAUAGACUUCAUCGACUGUGUCAGGGAAAAGGGAGGCAAGGUCCUGGUUCACUGUGAGGCUGGAAUCUCCCGCUCGCCCACCAUCUGCAUGGCUUACCUCAUGAAGACCAAGCAGUUCCACCUGAAGGAUGCCUUUGAUUACAUCAAGCAGAGGAGGAGUGUGGUCUCACCCAACUUUGGCUUCAUGGGCCAGCUCCUACAAUAUGAGUCUGAGAUCCUGCCUUCCACGCCCACCCCCCAGGCUCCCUCCUGCCAAGGAGAGGCUGCCGGCCCUUCGUUCCUCACCCACUUGCAGACCCUGAGCCCUGACAUGCAGGCUUCCUACUGCACAUUCCCUACCUCGGUGCUGGCCCCGGUGCCCACCCACUCGACAGCCUCAGAGCUCAGCCGGAGCCCCCUGGCUACAGCCACAUCCUGCUAA